UCUUCCAUUCUUUCUUCCACGGACACCCCAUAUACAGUUACACACACUCUCUCUCUCUCAAAAUUAAAGCAGAGAAGCAUCGAAACAGAAAAAAAAAAGCAAAAUUUUUUCAAUUCCACAAAAAGAAAACACACAAAACAAAUAAAAAAGCAAGACCAUCAUUAUUUGUGCAACCCCUCUCGAUCUCUCCGCCGAUCUUUUAUUGUUUUCACAAAACACUUUUUCAAAAUACAAAAACAACAACAGAUUCACAUUCACUUCCUUCCUUCCCUUCAGAUCCCUUCCUCUCCACAGAUACUCUCUCUCUCUCUCUAUUCGCCCUUCGUCUCUGCUUUUCCCAAAAAAACUAACUUUUUAUUAUUUUUUCUUUUUCAAUUCUAAAUUUUGUGUUCACAUUUCAUCAAAAUGAGCACAGGAGAGCUCCUCAGCAUCGAACCUAUCGAACUCAAGUUCCCCUUUGAAUUGAGGAAGCAGAUCUCGUGUUCGCUUCAAUUGUCAAAUAAGACAGAUAAUUAUGUUGCUUUCAAGGUGAAAACAACGAAUCCAAAGAAGUAUUGUGUUCGUCCGAACACUGGAAUUGUCUUGCCACGGUCCACAUGUGAUGUUAUAGUUACCAUGCAAGCACAGAAAGAGGCUCCUCUUGACAUGCAAUGUAAGGACAAGUUUCUCCUUCAGAGUGUAAAAGUAAACGAUGGUGUGACCAUAAAGGAGAUUACCCCAGAAAUGUUCAAUAAAGAGGCUGGACAUAUGGUUGAGGAGUGCAAAUUGAGAGUGUUAUAUAUAUCUCCACCUCAACCACCUUCUCCGGUACCAGAAGGGUCGGAAGAAGGGUCUUCACCAAGGGGUUCUGUUUCUGAGAAUGGAAAUGCUGACUUCGCUACUUCUACAAAAGCCUUUGAGCCUCAAGACAAAUCCGCAGAGGCAAGUUAUCUAAUUUCAAAACUGACUGAAGAAAAGAAUAAUGCAAAUCAACAAAAUAACAGGCUUCGUCAGGAACUGGAACUGCUGAGGCGUGAAGGCCAUAAAAAUCGUGGUGGCUCUGGUGUCUCCUUCAUGAUUGUCAUCUUGGUUGGAUUGAUUGGCUUAAUUUUGGGGUAUCUUAUGAAGAAGAAGUAAAAUUGUGCCAGCUAUAGAUCUUUUGCAUAUAUUGUCCACAAAUUCCAUUUUGUUUCUGAUCAUUGAAGGAUGAUGAUGAAAAAAGUAAAAGAAGGUAACUCGCAAAGGACGGUGCUUUUCUUGGUUUAGCUUUGUUGAAGUAGUAAACUCAUUUAGGUGCAGUCAAGGGAUGGGUUCAUGGUCCUAGUUGCUUAACUAUCAAAGUAUUGUGCGGUAACUCAUUUUUUGGGAACGCGCAUUCUUUUUGUAACUUAAAGAGGAUGAUUUUCUUUGUUUUAUUUGUGGUUCCACUUGGGAGGUUCUGGACUUUC